AUGGAAUCAAUGAAGCCAUACAUCCCCCCGUUGAAGAUCUCGAAAUCCAAUUCGAAUUUAUCCGAGUCGAGCAACGACGCUAAAUCUAUACCGAGUCGAUUCUAUUCCGCCUGGGGCUCAUCAGAGAUGACCCCUCCGUUAACACCAAAAGACACCCAGGACACAAACAUGGAUCAACCCGAGGCCCCAAGACCUGUCUUUCACAACUAUCUGCGCGCGUUCUACCCUUUCCACCCGGCCGGCAAUGUCUCUCCGUCGACUGUUACACUCCCUCUGGACCAGGGAGAUAUCAUUUUGGUACACUCCGUUCACACCAAUGGCUGGGCCGAUGGUACAUUAUUAGAUUCUGGGAAUCGAGGCUGGUUGCCCACGAAUUACUGCGAAGCAUACGAUCAAUUACCUAUGCGUCCUUUAUUGAAGGCCUUGACUGAUUUCUGGGAUAUCAUUCGAGGAGGAUGCGGGUCAUCACUAAAAGAUUUUGGAAACCAAGACUUGAUGAGAGGGCCUAUCGCUGGCGUCCGGUUCCUACUGGAAAAAUCAGAAUGUCUUACCCGGGAGUCACCCCUGGUAAGGAGAUUCGACGGACUACGCAGAAUCCGGAAGGCUUUGCUAUCUGACCUGUCUUCGCUGGUGAAAACUGCGAAGAAGUUCCAGGAAGUUGCCAACGGGGUUCCUUCGGAAGAUGAGGUUGAGGCCAUUUUGGAUGAGAUGCUUCUCAAGGCUUUCAAGAUUGUGACCCGAGGAGUCCGAUUCCUCGACGUGUGGAAUGAGGAGCAUGCCACCGACUCCUGCAUCCGAAAGUUUCAACUUGGGGAGAACGAUGGGCCUGCUAGAUCUGAGUCGCGAAUGCUGGAAUCACGAAUGGAAUCACGAAUGGAAUCGCGGCAAAUGAGCCACAGCCGUAUGGAUAUGAGUCGGUCAUCGAUGCGCACUGAGAUGGUUGAUCAAAGACCGGUCUCCGUCGCUACGAAACGGGUUUCUAUAUCUCACCGCAUGUCAGUUUCAGGUCCUUCUACUGCCAUCAGUGCCCAGAACCUGGCAUCAGAACGCCUCGGAACGACAUAUGAUGCGUUCCUCGGUGUGCUUGGCUCGUUUAUCGGACUCCACAUGCAGUCCCGCUCCUCGACGGAGUUGGUUGUCACCACCCAGCAGGCUGUCCAGUCGUGUAGGCAGUUGUUAAAUGUCGUGGAGGUGGUGUGCGAACAUGACACCCACCGCAGCGUGUUCCUCGAACAGGCACGAGAGUCAAUGUGUGAGAAGCUAUCCGAGCUUGUCCACGCUGCACGCGACGUGUUCCGCCCCGCACACCUACCAGACGAUGAUCUUGUGUUCAUGCCAGACGAAGGGAAACGCCUUGUGGAUGCUGCGACUGACUGUGUACGAGCAGCUGGAAACUGUUUGGCGAAGGCUCGCCUGGUGCUUGAGCAAAUUGGUGACCUCGAGCUUGACCCUGAACACUUCGAAGAGAGGGGCAAGGACUUGCCUCGCAUUGCCUCUCCACAAGAUGAACCGGAGACUCGCGUAGAACAGGAGCGACAAGAGUUGUCACUCCGCCUUCCCCCACCUCCUCUUCAGAUUCCCACCACCACAUACUCUCCCCCAACACCUGCUCUCACCGACUCUACGACACCUUCAUCCUUCCAGUCUCAUCUCUCAAGUUCCCCCGCCAACAUCACCGCCAUUUCUUCAACACCUAAUUCAGCCAUCCUCCCCACCCAUCUGGAUAACAUCUCUUCGUUCUCCUCUGCUGACAGCAACUACCCUGAAAGUCAUCCCAAGUCCGACGUGAGCGAAUCAUUUGGGCGUGGAGUGACGAGCAAUGGUAGCAGCUUCACAUAUCACAGCCACACACGUGACUCCGAGAUGAGUGGUGUCUCGCAAACCUCGACUCGGGCUACCUCACCUGAUAUUGGGGGUAGCUUCCAAGGUAGUUUCACCGUUCACUCACUGAAGGAGAGUCUGAGUUACUCGACUCUCGCCGAGGAGAACGAGGAGACUGAGGCCAACAUCCUGGAAAAGACUUUCGCACACGAACUUAUUUACAAAGAGGGUUCGGUGAUGGGCGGUAGUCUGCGUGCUCUUAUUGAGAAGCUGACUGCUCACCAAUCCACCCCCGAUGCCAUGUUUGUCUCAACCUUCUACCUUACCUUCCGUCUCUUCGCUACGCCUCUUGAGUUUGCCGAGGCCCUCGCUGAACGCUUCGAGUACAUUGGUGACACACCCCAUGCCGCCGGACCCGUCCGUCUCCGUGUAUACAACAUCUUCAAGGGCUGGCUCGAGUCCCACUGGCGCCACGAUCGUGACAACACAGCCCUUGACUUCAUCAUCAACUUCGCAAACACACGACUUAUGGUCGAUCUCCCCACUGCUGGUAAGCGGUUGCUUGAUCUGGCCAACAAGGUGUCCGCAGUUGGUGGCCCGCUUGUGCCUCGCUUAAUUUCUUCUAUGGGCAAGACCAACACUUCCAUUGCCCAAUACAUUCACCCCGAUACCCCCCCUACCUCCCCCGUCCUUGGCAAGAAGGAACACAACUUGCUUAGGCAAUGGAAGAACGGCGAAGCCUCGAUUACCAUUCUUGACUUCGACCCACUUGAGCUCGCCCGCCAACUCACUAUUAAGGAGUCGCGUAUUUUCUGCUCGAUCCUUCCCGAAGAACUCCUAGACACGGAAUGGACCAGGAAGACAGGCUCGUUGGCUGUGAAUGUCCGGGCCAUGUCGACUCUGUCGACUGAUCUUGCCCACCUUGUUGCCGACUCCAUUCUGUACCUCGAGGAGCCCAAAAAGCGGGCCGCGACCAUCAAGCACUGGGUCAAGAUUGCGAACAAGUGUCUGGAGUUGAACAACUACGACUCCCUUAUGGCUAUCAUUUGCUCAUUGAACUUGUCUAUGAUAUCUCGCCUGAAGAAGACCUGGGACAUCGUAUCGCAGAAGACCAAGACUGCCCUCGAGCAGCUCCGCAGCAUCGUGGAUGUGUCCCGCAACUACGCAGUACUCCGUCAGCGCCUUCAGAAUCACGUGCCCCCUUGUCUCCCAUUCGUCGGCACCUACCUGACCGACCUCACCUUUGUCGACCACGGCAACCAAUCUCUUCGUACGCUCUCCACCGACGACAGUGAAAUGGCUGUCAUUAACUUCGACAAGCACAUGAAGACAGCUCGCAUUAUCAGCGAGCUCCAACGCUUCCAGAUCCCCUACCGUCUAACCGAAGUUCCGGAGCUUCAGGCUUGGAUGCAGAAUGAGCUCGUGCGCGUGCGUUCCAACGGUGAAACAACCGCACAAACCUUCUACCGCCGCUCUCUAGUUCUUGAGCCUAGAGAACCCUCCCGCAGCGGAAAUACUCUUCAGUCCCAAUCUGAGUCCAUUCCUUCCAUGUUCGACAAUGCCAAGGACAAGUUCGACUUCCUCUCAUGGACCAACCAAUCCAAGGCGAAAUCCGUCACGACACACGGAUAA